AUGCCUCUCACAGACAUAAGACUCACACAAGAUGAGCAACUUCUGAAUCUCCUCUCCAAGGAGGGGAGAAGAAAAUCCACAGGCAACCAAGCUGACGGCAUCACUAGCGCCACGUUUCAGAAGGAACUCUGGGUGACGAUCUGCUUGCUGCUGGUGGACCUCUGUGAAAAGUUUGCUUUCUACGGCAUUGUCUGCAACAUGAUCCUUUUCUGCACCAUCAAGCUGGGCUAUCACAAUUACCAAGCAGCCAUGCUCAAUCUCUGCUUUGUGGGUGCCUGUAUGACCACCCCCAUUCUGAUGGGGUGGCUUGCCGAAUGCCCAGUGGGGCGGAUCAGAUUGGUGUAUAUCUGCACCUUGCUGCAUUUUAUAGGUACAGCCCUGCUCCCUGUUGUAGCUUUCCCCUUUGAAGACUUCUUCAUAGAUAAGCGCUACGUGCUUCACACCUUGGCUAAAAAGGAGCAGAAGGCCCUCUUCUACAUAGGAUUGUUGGCCAUCUGUCUGGGCUCUGGAGGAAUAAGAGCCUUAGUGUGUCCCUUAAGUGUAUACAAUCUUGAUGGGCAUGGAGAAAAGGAGCUUCUGUCAUUUUUCAACUGGUUUUACUGGCUGGUCAAUUUAAGUUCAGCCAUUGUCUUUGUCAGCAUUUCGUACAUCCAGCAAUCAGUGGCCAAAAACCUUGGCUUUCUUAUUCCGUUUGUGUCUGUCCUCAUGGCUCUGAUCACAAUUCACAUGACACGCAGUGAGAUGAUUUAUCAGCCCCCCGAAGGAAGUUGUCUGUUGACUGUCUGGGGCAUAGUCGCCAAUGCACUGAAACUGUGCUUGAUAAAAUGUCGGUACUUCAGCGGGAAUGUCACCAACUGGCUAGACCAUGCAAAGGAAAACUAUGGUGGCCAGUACAGUGAAAGUCAAGUGGAAAGCACAAAAUCCCUUGUCCGUCUCUUUCCACUCUUUGCCUUCCAAAUCAUCUACAGAAUGUGUGUUAUGCAGAUUCCUUCAGGAUAUUAUCUGCAGACAAUGAAUUCAAAUUUGAAUUUGAAUGGAUUCUUCCUGCCAAUCGCAGCCAUGAAUGUGAUAAGCAUCAUUCCAUCCUUAAUUUUGGUUCCAUUUCUGGAGUGUUUGAACACUUGUCUCUUCAGUGCUAAAACAAGUGGAUGGCCUAUUACAGUCUGUACUGUUGUAGGUCACACAUCUGCCACCCUCUCUGUGAUGGUCGCUGGGUUUUUUGAGUUACGCAGGAAACAUUUCCCUGUGGUGGAACAGACUCUCUCAGGAAAAGAUCUCCUUGUUUCCUCCAUGCCGUGCGUCCAUCUGGCUCCACAAUACAUCUUCCUUGGUGUGGCAGAAGCUCUGGUGGCUCCUUCCUGUUCCUUUGUGAUAUUCAAGUUCACACCAGGCAGAAUCCGUGGGAUCGCCUUGCACGUCUCCACGUUGUUCAGUGGCGCUGGCUGCAUGAUGGGAGCUUUUCUUGUUCAAGUGGUUUACACGGCCUCACAAGGUGACUGGUUUCCAAAUGUGCUAAAUGAGGGGAAAUUGGAGAGAUUUUACUUCUUCCUGGCCUCACUGAUGAUGAUUAAUACUUUGGGCUUCUGGUUCAUUUCACAAAGAUUCAAUACUCUGCAGCAAGAUGAUAAUGAAGGAUUCAGAGGGAGUCUUCUUCAAGAACAACUUUUACAGCAUGAGAAAUCACUUAAAUUUUAUGACAGUAUCCUGGAUUGUCCAUCCUUUUUGUCCCCUGUGGAGACUCUCCUGUGA